UACCCGUCCUUCCUCAUCAUCCCAUCGCCAUUUACUCUGGAAGACCUCCCCCAAGAAGAGCUCGGUGAGGGCUCAACUAUUCUCACCGAGGCAAGACGAUAAAUCCUCUUCCUUACUUUCUAGUCGGUCCCCGGCGUAGACCCAGAGCUUCCAAAACCCUAGCCCCUCGGGAAGAGGAAUCCAAGCCCGCAGCUUCUCGGGAUCGAACCGUAGGUCACUCUUGUCUCCGCCGGCGAAUCGAAUUGGGUACGUGGAUUGAUCAGUUCCGGUGAUCUCUGUUGGUGAGCGGCGGCGGCGCCGGCGGCGGUGAUGGACUUCUUGACGGGAAACCUGGAGCUGAGGGAGAGGCAGAGGCUGGAAGGCCAUACCGAUCGAGUCUGGAGUCUGGCGUGGAAUCCGGCAACCGGAGUCUGUGGGAUUCCGGUCAUGCUGGCGUCUUGCAGCGGCGACAAGACCGUCAGGAUCUGGCAGCAGGGUCCCUCUGGUUCUUGGGAUUGCUCGGCUGUUUUGGAAGAUACUCAUACUCGCACGGUUAGGUCUUGUGCUUGGUCUCCUAGUGGAAAGUUACUGGCAACUGCAAGUUUUGAUGCUACCGCUGCUAUAUGGGAACAUGUGGGUGAUGACUUUGAAUGUGUUUCUACACUGGAGGGUCAUGAAAAUGAAGUUAAGAGUGUUUCAUGGAAUUCUUCUGGCUCCUUGCUAGCCACAUGUGGGCGAGACAAGACUGUUUGGAUAUGGGAAAUGCAACCUGAUAAUGAGUUCGAGUGUGUAUCAGUGUUGCAAGGUCAUGCACAGGAUGUCAAGAUGGUGCAAUGGCAUCCAUUUAUGGAGGUUUUAGUUUCUGUCAGCUAUGACAACUCAGUCAAGAUCUGGGCAGAGGAUGGUGAUGGUGAUGAUUGGCAUUGUGUGCAAACACUAAAUGAAGCUAGCAGUGGUCAUACAUCAACAGUCUGGGCUGUGUCUUUCAACUCUAAUGGAGAUAGAAUGGCUACCUGCAGUGAUGAUCUGACAUUAAAGAUAUGGGACACUAGCAGUAGUCCAUCUGAGACAAGUGGCAGUAGCUGUGGAUCUUGGGGACACCUCUGUACUCUCUCUGGCUAUCAUGAUCGAACCAUAUUUUCAGUUAAUUGGUCAAGGGAUGGUGUAAUUGCUAGUGGAGCAGCUGAUGAUGCUAUUUGUCUUUUUACCGAGAGUAAAGACAACUCGGUUGAUGUACCAUCCUACAAAUUACUGCUUAAGAAAGAAAAGGCCCACGACAUGGAUGUAAACUCAGUGCAAUGGAAUCCUAAGGAACCUAAACUUCUGGCCUCAGCUGGUGAUGAUGGAACAAUAAAGAUAUGGGAACUAUUGGACAUGCCUCAAUGAUGAUUUUUGCCAUGUGCAGCCCAAUGUCUGAUGUCUUUAAUUUACUUUAUAGUCUGCAUUAGCAAUGAAAUGUCAAGCAUACAAGCCUCUAAGUGUUAUUAUUGUUGAAAAAUGUAGGUAAUUUCAUGUAUGUAUUUCAAAAAUUUUUAAAAUAAAUCACAGCGAAAAACAACUAAAUUAAUCA